UAGAUUGAAAAUCAUCUUAUUGGAUAUAACAAAUGAUCUGUAACGGUCCUAAUUAUAAAGUGAUCAAAUAUUUAGUAAUUGUUAUUUUCUUUUCAUGAACUUUGCAAAUAAAGUGUAUCCGGAAAUCUAAUACUGAAUUAGAAUGGUAAUAUAUCAACGAUAAAUGUACAGGAAAUUUUCAAGUAUAUAUAGAUGUGAAGAAAUACGAUUAUAUAAUGAUAAUAUUACUUUGGAAGAUUUAAUUGACAGAUGGAUGUGAUAUGUGAAAUAAGACACUUCCUGUGGAUUAUCAUACCAUGGAUUAUACAAGUAUUAGGUAGAAAAGGUCCUGUAAUACCACCCAAGUUUUUACCUGUACCUAGACAUAUAUCAGUUCACAGAGGGGAGACUGCAAUGUUAGAAUGUACUGUAGAAAACCUAGGAACUAAAAGAGUUACAUGGAGGAAAAUUCCUUAUAUAACACCAAUAACAACAGGUGAACAACUAUUUGCUCAAGAUAAUAGAUUUCAGGCCAAACAUAUCUCAUGGAAACAGCAGUGGAAUCUAAGUAUUAAAAAUGUACAGUUACAUGAUGCAGGGGUGUAUGAAUGUCAAGUUAGUGUGCGAGGGCAGAUGCUUCGACAGAAUAUAACUUUAUCUGUGAUAGAUGCAAUUUUACCUAGAAAAGCAGAAAUAAAAAUAUCCGGAACUGAGUUUCCAGAAAAAGGAAGCUCUAUCAAACUAUUUUGUAAUGCCACGGGUACUCCGAACCCUCCUGAUGAUAUACAGUGGUUUAAAGACGGAGAAAAACUUUUUUCAGACCCGUAUGAAAAAAUAUACAUUAAAAAACAUUAUGCCCGGAAUGCUGGUGUUCUAACUAGUUCUUUAGAAAUAAAAAGUUCAAAAAUUGACGACAAUGGGACCUACAUCUGUCGAGCCACAAGUCACAGUCAGGAUGAUCUCAUUACUAAGAUGAAAGUCAAUGUUUUAAGUGCAGGUUCCAACUAUGCAAAAAGAGGUACACUUAACCAUACAACAAGGCCGGAAAGUGUAGACCCCCGUGAUGCAGCUAGAUUUUUAAGUUCAACAGCUGGAUUAAUUUGUACUGUUCUCUUCAUUCAAGUCAUUUUACACGUCGGUGUGCUAUCAUGAUGGUUAGACAAAACCGUCCAAUAAGAGAUAGUUCUGUGAUUCUGGUCGCUUGAAUGGUGUUAUGUAAAACGGGUUUAUUUGUAACAGAAACGCAUCAACAUUCUAUUUUUUAACAUUUCAAUCUGCUUGUAGGCAUUUAGAUAGAACACGUAGUUCUAGGUUGUAUAGUAAUAUUG